GCCAGUCAUAAGUGUUCCCGCCGAUAUGAAGAUGGAUUCCCGCGCGCGGUUUCGCGGGAAUGUGCACUAACUCGUUGGAGGUCCGAGACACUAUUCGAGGGCACUGCCUGAAUAAUUCAUCGAUGAGCCCUGGUGCUGCCAGUGAAGCUACAUUGCACUCACCAGGCUGUAAAUCUGCAUGGAUCAAAUCCAAUGCACGCACUUACAGGAAAUCCUCUCUGCCCCGUGAACGAUUCGCCUCCCCAUGUUUUGCAGAGCGAGAGCGGAAUCGAGUUCAUCGAUUCGCUCGUGAUGGAGGUCUUCUUCGGAUUCUCUGAGGCAAUUCCAACUCUGUUGAUUUCGUUCCUGAUGUGAUCCUCAUCCCAGGCUUCUGCGUCGCACCUAUGAGAAUGGGCGCCGAUUGUGGAGGCAGUGGAAGAAAACGAAGAGCUUCAUCAUCUAGAAAUCAAGACCAGAAUCGCAGUCCUCAAAUUGAAGAGCAAGUGGUUGUUCGGAGGAAGACUCGCUACUCCACGUUGUUGGGACUACAAUGUGGACACGGCACAGUUGGAGGGACUGCUGACGAAGCUCUAACUGUGAGGGACUUCAACAUUGAUGCCAAAAAUUUGCUUGAAGAGCCAGUCGACAAAUACGCAGAGCUCCGAUGCGAGAGCUGUGGUAGGGAUGACAACGACGCGGAAAUGAUACUGUGCGACAGAUGCGAUGCAGGCUUUCACAUAUACUGUCUUCGCCCAAUAGUUGCCUCUGUACCUGCCGAAGACUGGUUUUGCUCAUCGUGCACCGCUCCUCCAAAGAUUCGUGAGUUUCCAAAAGUGCAAACGAAGAUUGUCGAUUUUUUCCGGAUAGAAAAGUUUUUGGGAGUACCGGAAACCAAGAAACGUCGGAGACAUAGCGGAGGUCUGACCGUCAGCAAGCGGAGUAGGAAAUUGGUGGUUCACACUCCUUCCAAUGAUCAAGAUAGAUUGCUCGAACAGAUGAGAUCACUCGCUACCGCCUUGACGACAGUCAAUAUUGCAUACAGUGAUGACUUAACCUAUCCUCCUGGGUGUGCAACUAGGGAAUGCAAUCGCCCUUCUCUGGAAAUUGGGGGCAUGCAGGAGAUGAGCAAGGAUGAUAAAGCUGCAUUCGACCUCUCCAAGCGAAUGUGGAAGGAAGGUCACGUCGCACCUCUUGUUGUGAAACAUGACUCCCGAGAAGGUUUUGUGGUCGAAGCGGACAGUCCCAUCAAAGAUAUGACAAUCGUCGCGGAGUACACCGGUGAUGUAGACUACAUGAAGAAUCGAAAACAUGAUGGUGGAAAUAGCAUUAUGGGUUUAUUAUUUACGGCUGAUCCAUCUAAAGAGUUAGUAAUCUGCCCCGAUAAACGAGGCAAUAUUGCUCGUUUCAUUUCUGGCAUCAAUAACCAUACGAGGGAGGGCAAGAGGAAACAGAAUUUGAGAUGUGUUAGGUAUAAUGUAGAUGGAGAAGCCCGUGCUUUGCUAAUCGCAAUCCGAGAUAUUCCGAAGGGUGAGCGGUUGUACUAUGAUUACAAUGCAUACUUAUCUGAUUAUCCAACCAAGCAUUUUGUGUAGAUUCGAGAUUCCAGAUUCCAGCCGGAUGAUGGUACUCAGCGACAUAUGGUUGUUUAAGCCCGAUGGCGAAUCAAGUCAUCGCAAAGACGAAUGGAAACGUUCCUAUCUCGGCAGCGAACAUGGCGAAAGGAACGUGUACAAGUGUCUUUAGGCCAAACGGGAGAGGAAAAUGUGGAGCGAUAGAUAGGGAAAAGGUGGCAGGGUGGCCCACUUCUGUAGAGAAGGAAACCAAGGGUAUGUUGCAAAUUAUAGAUUACAUUAUUAUCAGCAGGGAUGAAAGAUUGCGAAAUUUGUUAAGAUCCCUGCUGGACAACAACACUGAGCGCCAUACGGUCGUGUAAGCCAUCGGGCUUUUAGCAGGUGAUAGCAAAUACGUAGGAAAUGUUCCUUUCUCUGAACAUGGCGAAAGGAACGUUGACAAGUGAUUCUAGGGCCAAAAUGUGGAGCGAUAGAUGGGAGUAGAGUUGUAGGGACGUUGAAGGGUUGGUGCAAACAACAUAGAUGCUUUCCAAGUAAUCAGUAGGGUGGAAAGAUUGUGCAUUACUGUGACAUUUAAAGUCAGCAAAGACAGGCAAUUCGCUUGAUUAGAAGUGGGAGCAAAAGUUGUUGACAGUUAUGAGUUGGUGAUGGAAUCCUAUUCUCUGUGCACUGUGGUCAUCAUCGGA